AUGGCGGACGAAGUACAACCCGACCAGACUCCCGGCUUCAAGGUCGGUGAGAAGAAGACGAUGGAUGAAUAUCAUCAACUAGACAAGGACGAUGAUGCCAUGAACAGAUGGAAGGCUUCUCUAGGUUUGGGGACUGGUGAAUCUAUAUCAGAUCCUAGUGACCCACGAAAAUGCAUUAUCAAGAAACUGGCUUUGCUUGUCGAUGGCCGUCCCGACAUUGUAAUCGAUCUUUCCACACCUGGCGCCCUUCAACAGCUCAAGUCGAAACCUUUCAUUAUCAAGGAAGGCGCAACGUAUCGCAUGAAAGCCGAUUUUGUCGUCCAGCACGAAGUCCUUUCAGGCCUGAAAUAUGUUCAGCAGGUCAAGCGAAAAGGCCUUCCUGUCGGCAAGGACCAAGAGAUGAUUGGUAGUUUUCCACCGAGCACAACCGAUAAGCCAGUCCACAGCAAGACAUUUAGCCCUGAAGAGGCGCCAAGUGGAAUGCUGGUAAGAGGCAAGUACGAUGCUGUGAGCAGAUUCAUGGACGAUGAUAACGUGGAGCACUUGAGAUUCGACUGGUCUUUUGAGAUCGCUAAAGAUUGGAAAUGA